AUUUGCAGUGAUGGGGGUGUCUGUGGUAGCCAAGCGCUUCCUGAACGCGUGGAACUUCAUCAUCCUAAUCCUGGGGUUUGCUCUACUCUUGAUUACGCUGUACAUCCUGCUAUUCCAGAGUGACACGUACGCCAUCCCAAAAGUCGGGUAUUGGUCGGCUAUCGUGUGUUCGGGGCUGCUGAUCCUCUUGGCCGCACUUGGACUGUAUGGACUGCGCCAACAACGGGUUUGUGUCACCCGCAACAAGCGCAACUACGCCCUCGGCAUCUAUUGCCUUUGCGGCUUCAUAACAGGCGUGGUGCUUGUCAUGGCUGGCAGCAUGGCACUCAAGUUCAACGUCGUGAUCAACGAUUCCAAGUCGUUGGCGUUCGUGCAAAAGGCUGAAGUGUUUUUGGAGGAAGCCAUCAUCGACAACUUGAACGACUUUUCCUCGGCAGAGCCAGCAAAGUGGAAGAAAACGCAAGAUAGUUGGUUCUGCUGCGGGUACUUUGACGUUCCCAGCGUUCAAAACCACAUUGGCCUCAAAUACAUCAACAUGGCCAAGAAGAUCAACGGGAUACAAGGCAUCUACUGCUCGAGCAACUGCACCGUCACCACCUCGAAUACAACCCAAAUCAUCACGUCGACGACCUCGAACACCUCGCCAAGCCAACUGGUCUGCCCCCAAGUCGGCGCGUCGUGGUGCCGAGAUGUGUUCCUCGACAACGCUGAGACCAACAAUGUCUAUGUUGGAUGGGUAGCGAUCGUCGGAGGCUCUUCGCAGUUGCUCGGGUUCCUGCUUGGCAUGUUCCUCCUCCUCUGCGACGUGCGAAUGAUGCGACUGGCCACCAUGCAGCCCAAAGAUAUGGAACAAGCCAUCAAGAACGCGCAGACGUAG